AUGGCGGUGACCAAGCAAAACAUGCGUGUCUUUUCACCCACACCUGUCACAGAGCACGGCCCCACACAGCCUUCCUACCAUCCACAACCUUCCUACAAUCCUGCUCCUGCUUAUCACACACAGCCUUCCUAUGAGCAUGAAUACGAGCCUGCUGUGCCAGAAUGUGCUGCCAACACAACCAAACCAGGUGUCUCCACGACGACCGUUAUCCUACCUACGAGAUCAAAUACGCCAGCCGAGUAUCUCUACGAUAAGCUUCUCUCCCUGUAUGCUGAUGUAGCUGACCUCAACACUGGGCUGUCUAACACUGAGGGAAAAUGGCGUGUCAUUGUAAACAAUAUCGAUGUCCAUUAUCAGACUGUCACUCAGACUACACGUAUCGAAGAGUGUCUCACUUUCGCCGAUUUAUGUCCUCUUGUUCCUGACUGCUAUGAGUCCAAGUGUCUGCAGAAAUCCAUCUACCACCGCUUCCUUGUCUACGACCCAUAUGAUCAGUACUUCCCCUUCGCCAUCGAGACAUUCAAGUUUCCCGCCAGCUACUACACGUAUCGAAGAGUGUCUUACUUCCGCCACCGCUUCCUUGUCUACGACCCAUAUGAUCAGUACUUCCUCUUCGCCGGCGAGACAUUCAAGCUUUUUGCCAGCUGUGCUUGUCUCUUGGGUGCCUACACCAUCGAUCAUUAG